AAGCUUGAACGGUUAGCAGCAAGCUUUCCUGCUUACAACUCCUCUGACGAGGUGGUGCUUUUUUGAAAAUCGAUUCCAUUUCAUGUUCGUUUUGAAAUUCUAAACCGAUCUCAUGCCUUCCACCGCCACGCGCUCCACCAACCCCCGGGGCGGCGGGUCCCGCUCCACGCACCACAACCCAUCGUCUUCCACUUUCAUCACCGGCACCGAUCUGACCGAAAACGAUGCCAUCGUUCCGGUCCAGCCCUUAAUAUCCUGUGCAAAGGUCUCGUAGUCCUCGUUGUGCUAAUUCAUUGUUGUAGUUGCAAUCUUGCAUACGAUACUAACAGACCUAAGGCUAAGGCUAAACUCGUAGCUGACUCCGCAUUGGGAGCUUGUUCACAUUUGUAUUUGUUCUAGAAAAAAAUUGGCAGUACUACAAGCUGCACAUUACAACGAGUUCUACUUUUGCAGUGUAUACUUGAACUUCAACUACAACGGCGCUAUCCACCUAAAUCGUCAUUCUCGGGAGGAGGAUGACGAGUUCGAUUCCUACAGUCGGUCCUUGGUUCCCGCGAACCAAAACACGGCGAUCCAACCAGUGGACGAACUGGAGCAGCUGAAGCGCAUGGUCUUCCGGACGCGCAAAAAGCUCGACAAUCGCAUGUCGAUAUCUCAGGGAAAAUUGCAGUGCUUGUUGGUCCUGCGUGGAAAAGUUACUUUGUCACUAGUAAGUACUUUACAACUCGGUCCUCGUAGUCAUCUCCAUUUGUAGGUCCUCAGCUGUCAACAUACUAGAUGAGUUCUAUCGUAGGAGCGAUGAAGAGCCGUGGCAAGGAAAAAUGAGACGGAACUCUGUUUCAUCGCGACCCAACUGCGAUUUUGUGCACCAUACACUGAGAUGAAAUCUUGGCAGAAAGACGUCGAGGGUUUGAGGAAGGACAUGAAGCGGUGCGGGAAGAAAACGGAAGGGAAGAGGACCAAGGGCAACAACAUGAAUGGUUCCGAGAACGAAAAUGGCGACUCUUCCGACACCGAUGAGGACGAGGACGAAGUAGAGGGAACAAACAAUGGCUCGUCUAAGAGGAAGAGCCGCAACUCCCAAUCCCCUAACAAGAACGAACCGAACUCCGGGAAAAAAUCUUACCCGUCCGCCCGCGUCUCCGCGCUGCCCUUCGGCAGCUCCAACGACUUCAACAUCAACCGCAACAGCCUAAGGGCAAUUUGCGACGAGGAGCGCACUUCCGUUGGUGGUCGGGCGAGCGUCUCGAAGGUCAGCAGCUCGUCCAAGACGAUGAAUUUAGCGUCUUCGGCGAAAACGAUGUUGAACCAAAAACUUCCGCCACUGCAGAACCAGCACGCCCUGUUGCAGGCCCGGAUGGGGGAGCGGGGCGGCCCGAGGAUCAUCGUGUCGGGAGGUGGAGAGGGCGACAGCGACGAAAACAGCAAUGAGAGGGCUGGAAUCACGGGAGUUCCAGCGAUUCCGAAAAGUUUGUCGUCGAAGUUGUUGGGGAGGCGAGGGAGCGCGGGGGCAACGAUGUUGAGAAGGGGAUCCAGUUCCGGGAACUUGGGCGGACAACCGAGGAGGCGAAGCUUGCAGCUGAUUCGGUGAAAGAAGUAUACUUACUGCUCUAGCUGUUCCUCGGUGGAUGCUGUGGAUGCGAUUCAUCUUUUGGGUGUUUUUUGUAGGCUGAAAAAUCCUGAAUCAAUCUGAAAUUGCGACAACGUCGACUGAACUUUUGCUGCAUAAGCAACCUUCCGUCAAUAUCGGACUGGAGUUUACUCGUGAGGUAGCCUCACUGUGACAGCCUUCCUCCUAGUCGUAGCGAGGCGCAAAUUGAAGUGCACGCCUCUGAUUUUGUCAGUGCGCUC